AUGGCCCCUGACAUGGCUACAUAUUCUAAGUCAAGGGGUAAUGUCGCUAAGCUGAAGGUCGAAAUUGAUUUGCUAAAGCCUAGACAAGAUCAAAUUUGGAAUGAGUGCAGAAACAAGGAAAGGGAUGAGCAUAGAGAAAAUAAGGGCAAUGGCAUUGGGCAUGAGAACCAAAAUGAUCAUGUUAAUCAGCUGCAAAAUGAUCAAGCUUUGGGCACCAAAGAUCAAACUGAAGCAUAUGCUGAUGGAUUCAAACAGAUUACCAGAAGAAGAAAUAGAAACAAGAAAAACUUACAGUGGCAAGUUCAACAAAAUCAGCCCCAACAUCAUCCUAAUCCUCAAUGCAAGGACCAACACGAACAUGCGAGCAAAAUCAUUGAUGCCAUCCAACUUGACAUAAACACAAGCAACAAAGAAAAAUUCCAAAAGAGUAAUGUUAUUUCUGGUCAGGCUAACCAAACCAUCAAAACUUUGAAUAAUACUCCUCCACUCAACAAUCAACAACUUCAGAAUAUGCCAACCAGUUCUCGUUCCACCCAUAAUAUGACGAGCAAGAAGAUCAAUAGAGAACCUAUGGAUGACAAUAGAGCUCCUGUAGAGGACAAUGGCACUAAGAUCGUACAAAACGGUGAUAAAGUUCAUACCCCUCAAAAGCCAGCAGAUCCUCCUGAUCAAAUUUUCACCAAAUCACCCUUACCAGACAUAAACUCAAACUCGAUAUUAAAUAAUAAUGAAGUUGUUGAGGAUUCAGAAUAUGAUGAUAAUGAGUUGCAUGAAUUUGAACUAGAUGGUUCAGUUUCCGAGUAUGAGACUGAAAACAACUCCACCUCUGAGAAUGAUUAUGCUAGCAUGGACGAAAAAUAUGCCACAGGUGAUGACUUGGCGGAUACCUUGAUGGAAACAUUCAAUCAACAACUUCCUCCACCUGCUGAAAUGGUUCAAGCCUUUGGGGAUAUAACUGAAAAACAUAAUCUCUCACCUAGAGGAUCCUAUCACUCUAGGGGAGGUAUGACCACAAGAACUAGCAGAAGAGGCAAAGGAAUCAACAACAAAUACACUGUGAGUUAUUCACAGGAUCAAAAUAACUUAAGUUCAACCUUUUAA